CGACCUGCCAAUCAUCUGCUGGUCUCCAGUGUCGAUGGGGGGAAGAAACGGGCUCUCCUCUCCUUGUCUACCCCGCCUCCCCUUCCUUCUGUUCCUCCUCCUCUUAUCGGUGGCGGUGCUUACGGUGGCGGCAUCGGAAAACGAAAAUAAAGGCUCCUCCCUCUCCGCCUCCGAGGCGGAGGCGGCGGUUUCCCGAUUCCGGGAGUACCUCCGGAUCAACACCUCCCAACCGGACCCCGACUACGACGCCGCCGUCCGCUUCCUCCGCGCCCAGGCCGACGACCUUGGCCUUGAGUCCGACGUCCUCGAGUUUGUCUCCGGCAAGCCCCUCCUUCUCCUCCGAUGGGUCGGCCGUAUCCCCUCCCUCCCCGCCCUCCUCCUCAACUCCCACACUGAUGUCGUCCCCACCGAGCCCCUCAAGUGGGCUCAUCCCCCCUUCUCCGCUGCCCUCGACCCCGCCACCGGCAACCUCUACGCCCGAGGAUCCCAGGACAUGAAGUGCGUCGGCCUUCAGUACCUCGAGGCCAUCCGUCGGCUCCGUGCCGCCGGCUUUGCCCCUGACCGCACCAUCUACCUCUCCUUCGUCCCCGACGAGGAGAUCGGAGGGAACGACGGCGCCGGGAGGUUGGCCGCGUCGGAGAAGUUUCAAGAAAUGAAGGUCGGAGUAGAGCUUGACGAGGGACUGGCGUCGCCGGGGGAGGAAUACAGGGUAUUCUACGGGGAGAGGAGCCCAUGGUGGCUGGUGAUCAAGGCACGGGGGGCGCCGGGGCACGGGGCGAAGCUUUAUGACGGGAGUGCGAUGGAGAAUUUGAUGAAGAGUGUGGAGGCAGUAAGGCGGUUCAGGGCGGCGCAGUUUGAUUUGGUGAAGGCCGGGAUGAAGGCCGAGGGGGAGGUGGUGUCGGUGAAUCUGGUCUACCUUAAGGCUGGGACGCCAUCACCCACUGGUUUUGUCAUGAAUCUGCAGCCUUCUGAAGCAGAGGUAGGCCUUGACAUCCGAGUCCCUCCUAAUGCUAAUACUGAAGCACUGGAGAGACGUAUUGCUGAAGAAUGGGCACCUUCAUCACGUAAUUUGACAUUUGAGUUUAAGCACAAGGUUUCUGUGCAUGACAUGUUUGGAAAGCCAGCCAUUACGCCUGCUGACAAUUCCAACCCAUGGUGGAUGCUGUUGGAAGCAGCUGUGAAAAAAGCUAAUGGCAAACUCGGUAAGCCAGAAAUCUUCCCAGCCUCAACCGAUGCUCGAUUUUUCAGAGAACGAGGGAUACCUGCCUUUGGCUUUUCACCAAUGGCAAAUACUCCUAUAUUGCUUCACGACCAUAAUGAGUUCUUGAACAAGCAUGAGUAUCUGAAAGGAAUAGAGAUAUAUGAGUCGAUCAUCAAAGCAUUUGCUUCUUACAAGGGUGACGCCAAGGAUGAAGAAUCAAGGGCAGAGCUGUAAGCAUGGAGGCUUUUCCUGUUUCUCAUUGUGCAGGUGAUUCAAGUGCAAGAGAAUAGCAUGCUGAAGGGAUGACAUCGAGGUCAGUGUGGUACCUAAGCAUCAGGAAAAAGAAACAAUGGGACUUAUAUUUGGUGUUAACUUCCAUUAAAGAUUGUGUACAUCUUAUGUAUCGUUCAAUAUAGAUUGAGACCCUGUAUAUUCAACUCCAAAGUAUGUUUCAGCACCAUUGCUACAGUUUUCCAGUUUUUUGUGAAAUAAGUCAAGCAUGUGGAUGCCGUAACUGUAACCAACUAGACUAGUCCCGUAUGAGGCUGAUGAUUCCAUCUGCACCCUUUAUUUCCAGAAAA